UAUAUAUAUAUAUAUAUAUAUAUAUACAUGUGUGUGUAGAUUAAGUUAUUACGUAUUAACGGAAUUGAUGUACAUGUAAUAGAUUGAAACGAUGUGUAUGUGGAAGUAGCAUUUGUGGAUAUAUUUUGCGACCUAGUCAGAUCUUUAAAGAACCAUAAGACAAAAUCAUUAGAUAAUUUGAUUUGACCAUGGCAAGUAGUGACCACGAUGCCAAAGGUGCCUGCAAUGAUAAUAUUUUUAAUGCUGAUACAAAGGACGAUGAUGACAUUUUCAGAUCAGCCACUGUUGCAACUCCCCAUAAAAUCCAGUUGAGCUAUCCACUAGAUCUGCCCGCAAGUCUGGUUGACAAAUUUCCCGGGUCAGUAACGAAAAGCGUCCAUGCAUGGUUUACAAUCGAAAGAAAAGAAGAUGCCGAUGUUGUGCUAACUGACACAUCUUAUCCCCGACAAUUUAUUCAUUUGAGAUGUGGGUCUUAUAAGGGUGUGGAAUGUUUGGUGACAAUAAAAAAUCUGAGUUCCAAAAAAACGAUUGAGCUGAAACCACCAGGUGCGGGAAAGAUAACGCUUGGACAUAACGAAGAAGCCAGCGUCAAAUCAAAUACGAAAAUAACAGCGCUAAAUUUAAUUUGGAUGAUUACAACAACAAUUGGAGACAUGGAUGCUACAGCAUAUGAGGUAUCAAUGGUGGGCUAUGGUUCUGAACAGUUUAAUCGCGCUGUAGAGGACCCGUCUUCUGCUCGAGUACACAGGGAAGCAGGCGUACCAACGCCUAAUCCACAAAAUGGUUUCUCGGACUUAGCCAAUCAAACAGUUCCCAAAAGUAUAAUAUCUUCGCAAGCGAUACCAUACACUAAUUAUUAUGGCCCCAAUCAAAAUAACCUGAACCAGGUUAACACGUAUAGACCACAACCAGAACAAUAUGCCCAAAAUAUAAGGGACGAUCUGCCUGGACAACCUAUGAGUAGCAUGUCAAAUGGUCCAAUGGCUAAUGUGAGACUACAGUCUUUCACUGGAAACCAGUGGCAAUCUUGUAGACAUUGUGCACCAUUAAGCUCUGAUUAUAACGCAAGUGCCCAACACAACGCACCGUCUCCAUUUGUGGGCGUACCAGCAGAGGUCUGUCCCCAGUGUUCACAUAAUCCACCAUAUCCUGAAAGAUCUUCAAAUAUUAGAUUUUGUGAUAGUCAACCACAUACCGGCCCACAUUAUGGUGGAAUACCAUAUUAUGGGCAACUGUAUUAUGCACCAUAUUCCAGUAGUCAGCCACAUGCAUGUUCACCUAAUAAUGUAAUUCCCCAUGGACAAUAUCGUCCUGCUGGUCAAGUAGGUUACAAUGGUUUGCAAAAUUAUCAAACUGAUACUCAUGGGAUGCACCACCAACAGGCCACAGUCAACUGGCAUACAGUCAAACCCUCUGGUAUCGAUGAAGCUUCCAAUUUGUCGCCAGAUCAUAUCCGACAACAUAGUGUGAAUACACAUCCGAUAUCGGAAAUUUCUCCAGGCGAUUUUAAUCCUUAUUUAAUGGGUGAAUAUAUGCAGAAACCAGAGAAGUGAGAUUGCUUUCUUUAUUAAUGUCAAUAUCGAUUCGUUCGUGAACAUAGGUCUGGUCCAAUUGUUUGCACCUCUUGGGGUGAUAGGGCAGAAUGUUGCAAGUGAGAAUGACUCCAAUUAUUACGGUUAUAUCUUCCAAUAUGAGAUGCCAUCACUACGUUCUGCUAUGUGUUCAGAAAAAAAAUUGGUGACCUGUUUAUUAGGAUUCCUUUUUUAAAAAAUGUUAUUGUUUUUUUUUAAUUGAAUUGCAUUAUAUAUUACAUGUAUUUAUAAAGAGUAUAAAAAGGCUCACAAGAUGUAUACCGUUACUUGAUGUCAUCAUGGCUCACGUGAAGAACAUUUAGAAAAUAGUAAAUGCAGUUUAAUUCUGCAUAAUCCACUGUGGCCUCAUUAUGUAUGAUUUAUUUAUCUCACCUUGUGAUGUUUUAAUGGCAUUUUUAUGAAAUGUAUUUAUUUACUGAUGUUAAUGAAAAUUAAGGUGACUCUGUCUAUAAUUCUUCUUCACAAUCUACUGUGGUUUCAUUAAAUAAUUAUUUCGUCUUAAACUGGCAUGAUUACUAUCAUUUAUUUUAUUUUACAAUAAUUUACUGUUUGGUAUUUUAUAAAAUGGUAUUUAUGAAAUUAUGUUUUAUGAAAUGGUAUUUUAUAAAACGGUAUUUAUGAAAUAGUGUUUUAUAAAAAUGGUGUUUUAUAAAAUGGUAUUUAUGAAAUAGCGUUUUAUAAAAAAUGGUAUUUAAUCAAAUGGUGUUUUAUAAAACACCAUUUCAUAAAUACCAUUUUUUAUAAAACGCUAUUAUUUAUUUUUGCGCAGUUUUAACAUAAUCUCAAUAACAAAAACACUUGAGCGGUACACGUGACUUAUCAUUAACUGCAAUAAUGUUAGAUGCAUUAAGUAUGAUUUAAAUAAAGAGCUGGCCAUAAUAGUUCAAAAAUAGAUAAUGAAAAAUGAAUAUAUUGAAAAUUUAAGUCAUAUUUCUUUAUUCUGAGCGAAGUUAUGUAUGUUUGAAGUUUUGACAAGAUAGUCUCGAUUGCCAAAUAUCAUUACUACGAUAUAAACAAGGUCAUUUUUAUCAUUAAGCUAAUAAAUGACGCGAAUUUUUUAUUCAAUCCAUGAAAUAUCACGACCAUCCGAUAGUCUAGAGAGUUGAUUAUGGGCUCGGCAUUAUAUACAUGCCAAAUAAAUAAUCUGUAUAACAUAUAAAGCCAAAGAAAAGAGACCUGCGAUGGGCAGAUAUAGCUGUUACAAAAUGCAUUUUAUACAUAGAUUAUGGAUAAUGUGAAUGGUAUGCAUCUUGAAGUGACCAUACCGUAUUGAUGUUUCGUUAUAUAUGCAAUAUAUACCCUCUCGUGUUCAGUAUUUAUUAUUUAUUAUAUUAUGUAUGGUAAUACUAUACUCAUAUGCUUACUGUUCAGUAUUUGCUUGCCGUAUUAAAGGUAUUUUAUAC